AUGGCUGUAAGACGAAUGGUGUUUGCCGUGGCUCUUGCUGGUCUUGCCAUGGCCAAGCCAAUCAAGAUCAAGCCAACGCCCACAUUCUGUGGAAUCAUCUGCAUCAGCGCGAUUAGCGAUUGCGGCAUACCAUAUGGAGGUUGCUACGAUCCUUGUGUCGACCCAGCUCCUACGCCUCUUCCUUGUGACGUGGAGACAGUUCCAGAGAGUCCAGUCGUUGUGAGCCCAGUGCCAGCGACACCAACUAGCGAAAACCCGUUUUCAGUGACUCCAGGCUCGGAGAAUUCGACUUCAGUCACUCCAGCCUCAUCAGGCACUCCAGCCUCACCGACUCCGGUCAUCGUGGUGAGCCCAGUCCCAGCGACGACAACCGGUGAGAACCCGAGUUCAGUCACUCCAGCCGAGGAAACUCCAGAAGACGAAGAAACUCCAGAAGAUGAGGAAACUACAGCAGACGAGGAAACUCCAGACUCAGAGUCACCAAUAGCAGAGGAUCCAAUUCCAGCAGGGCCGGCGGAGGGGGCAGAAGAGACAGACUUGGCAGACGUGCAAAUGGAAAUAGGCUCGACGCCAGAAAACCCACUUCCCUGGAUUCCCGACGAAAACGAAGAUUCAUGGUGGUGGAACUGA